AUGAAUGAAGUCGUCAUCCGAGCGCCCUCUCUGAAGCGGGGAAAGAACUACGAAGGCUUGAACAACAGGAUAAAGCUGAAGAAAAUCUUAGGCUUGACAGUAUGCAGCAGUGCCGGACUCGAUGUAUCCUCCACAACCGGCGUCCUUGCCUAUCCAGCAGGAUGUACGGUAGUGUUGUUCAACUCGAAAAAGCUAUCCCAGAACUUCCUGCUCAACACAGCGAAGAAGGCCAUCACGGCCGUCGCAUACUCAGAAUGCGGUCGGUAUCUGGCAACGGGCGAAUGUGGCCACAAUCCCUCGAUCAAGGUGUGGGAGCUGGACGCAUCCGGUGGCAGCGGGGGCGGUGGUGCGAUCGAGAACGGUGCCGCCGGUAGCAUCGUGGCCGAGUUCUCCGGCCACAAGUACGCCGUCAGCUGUGUGGCCUUCUCGCCCACGGGCAAGUACCUGGUGUCGGUUGGCUCGCAGCACGACAACAUCGUGAACGUGUUCGACUGGAAGGCAAAUCUGAAGAUCGCCUCGAACAAAGUGACGGCCAAGGUGGUGGCGGUCAGCUUCAGCGAGGAUGGCAACUACUUCGUCACGGUGGGCAACCGGCAUGUGAAGUACUGGUAUCUGGAGGGUAGCCGCAAGUAUAAGGAACCGAUCCCGCUGAUGGGACGAAGUGCCAUCCUGGGAGAGCUGCGCAACAACGACUUCUGUGCGGUGGCGUGCGGCAAAGGCGAGAUGGCGGAGAGUACGUACGCAAUCACGCGGAACGGGCAUCUGGUCGAGUUCAAUGCGCGUCGCUUGCUGGACAAGUGGGUGAUGUGUCGCACCAAUGCGGCCAACUGUAUGGUUGCCAGUACAAAGUACAUUCUCGUCGGUUGUGCCGAAGCCAUCGUGAGGGUAUUUAAUGCUGAAACGCUAGAGUACAUUACCACCCUGCCGAGGACGCAUUUCCUCGGCGUGGACGUAGCGCAAGGCGUACACAUCAACCACAUGAUGGCGGUACCACAGAACGCAAAGUAUCCCGACACCAUAGCCAUCGUGUACGACGAAGCGCGCUCGAAGGUGACGUGCGUGUACAACGACCAUAGUCUGUACAUUUGGGACCUGCGGGACAUCAGGCGGGUGGGCAAGAGCCAAUCCUUCCUGUACCAUUCCGCCUGCAUCUGGGGCGUCGAAACAGUGCCAUUCAGCUAUCAGCAGCUCAAGCACAAUGCCAACGGUGGCGAUACGCUACCGUCGGACUGCUUCAUGACCUGCUCGUCGGACGACACGAUACGCGUGUGGGACGUGGACAGCUGCGAAACGAACGAGGUGUACCGGAAGAACAUCUACAGCAAGGAGCUGCUCAAGGUGCUGUACAUCGACGACGAGCUGAAUUUCAUAAAGGAUACGGACAAUCCGAUCCACAACACGGAGAAAAACUCAAGCUACGAUGGCCGCAACGGGGUGCGCUGCAUCAAAAUCAACCCGGAAAGUCGGCAGCUGGCGACGGGCGAUCGGAGCGGCAACAUUCGAAUCUACAAUCUCAGUAACCUUAAGCUCAUCACGACGAUCGAGGCGCACGAUUCGGAGGUUUUGUGUCUGGAGUACACGAAUGAUAAAAUCGAGCGACGAUUGCUGGCCAGUGCGAGCCGUGAUCGAUUGAUUCACAUUUUCGAUUGUGAGGCAAACUAUCGGAUACUGCAGACGCUGGACGAUCACUCGAGCAGUAUCACGUCGGUGCGAUUUAUCGGUGCCGGCAAGCAGUUUCAAAUGGUGUCCUGCGGUGCAGACAAAUCCAUCAUAUUCCGCCAUUUUCAGAACAAUGUGUUUCUGCGCGGAAACAACUGCUCUGGCAAAAAUACGCUGUACGACAUGGAGGUGGACAGCAACAGUAAGCACAUCCUUACGGCGUGCCAGGACAGGAAUAUUCGCGUUUACAGCACACAGAACGCAAAGCACACGAAGACAUUCAAGGGAUCCCAUUCGGACGAGGGCAGUUUGAUUAAGGUCAGUCUUGAUCUGAGUGGAAUCUACAUUGCGACGUCAUGCACGGACAAAACGCUCAGUGUGUACGACUACUACUCGAACGAAUGCAUGGCACGAAUGUACGGUCACAGUGAGCUCGUUACCGGGCUAAAGUUCACCAACGACUGCAAAUAUCUUAUAUCGGCUAGUGGGGACGGGUGUGUGUUCAUCUGGCAAGUACCACACGACAUGAUCGUUACGAUGCAAGCGCGCCUGUCACAGCAAGCGCUUCGAUCGGGCAUCCAGCCUAUUCCACGCGCGCUUCAACCAACGAACCCCUUCACCGAUGCCAUUCUGAACCACCCGCAACCGACGCCGGUGCCGAACAAUGCUGCUAUAAGCGUGUCAGAGUUCGGAUCACCACCCAACAGUGCUUUUCUGGUCGAUGAUGCUCCAGUCACACCCGGCUAUCGGUUUUCUGACGUGGGUCAGCUACCACAGUGGGCCAAAAGGAAACCAUCCGAAGAUUUGCAGUCAAAUUCGCCUGUACUCGGCAGCAGUCCUAGCCAGAGUGGUAGCAAUUUCGGUGGCCUAGCACCGAAACCGAGAGGACGCUGGGGUCAGAAGGGUGUCGGUGGACAGCUGGAGGAUCCAUUCGAUCUUAGAAAUAUCGUCGAAAGUAGUCCGUUGGGCACAACGUUUACCGCGGAACAGCGACAACCGACAACGCCAACGCCUCCCCAGCCGGUCUCUGGUCAUCCUACGCAUCCACCGGCAACUAACACACCCACUUCCGGGUAUAAUAGCAGCGGCUCAAAGGAUGUCUACAGCAACGCCUACCUCAGUGAAGACAGUUCAAUCGACAGCGGACGAGAGAACCGACGGCCGGAUCUGAGCUCCUUCCUGCACAAGAAGAUCACCGAAACGAAGGCACUGAACAGUUUGAACUCGGAAUCGAACACCGAACACGACGGUGACGUGGAGGAUAUAUCGGACGGUGAGCGAACGAGCUCGGACCAUGGCAUGGUGUAUUAUCCAUCCGCUGCACCAUCCACUCCAACUGAUUUCAAGAUCAAUGAUGUCGACACAAACGAGCUGCGCAAAUCAAUCCGUCGACAGAAGCUGGAAAAGCAAGGCCUUAGUCUAGCCACCCAAUUUCAGAGUGCUGCGUCAGGUACCGGUACGGGAACGUCCGACGACGAAGAUGAAGGUUCUACCCCAAGCGGUGAUAAUGCGGAUCGAUCGCUUGCCUCAACGCUGGGAGGAAGUUCGGAAAGUAUUCCUCAACAGGCAUCGUCCACCUUUCUGCAAGCUGUCCUCGAUGGACCGGGUAGUUUAUCCGAUCGGGAACGUUCACAAGCGCGGAAAAGCAUGAGCGCCAAGCACAACAACGAUGCAAAGAUUACGACCAGCAUAUCGAAAUCCUUUGCCAACAACAAAAAGGAGGAGUUGAUGAAGGUGAUCAACGAGGCAAAGGCAAAGCUGGAGAAUGGGAUAAUGUUUCAUAAUAAGCGUCCAUUAAAUUAUGCUCAAUUAAAGGUCGGCUACCGAUCCGGUUUACGCGCUAGUCAAAGCAUAUCCGAUUUGAGUCACUCGAUGAACAUGUCCGGAGCCAGUCCAAACCGUACGCAACGGAUAGAAGUAGAUAAUAGUUUAGGUUCCAGAAUGUACCCAGCAGUGUCCGGUACUUCCGGGCCAUACGGAGUCGGCUCUGCAGUGCACAUAAAUGCCGCAAAUUUUCUUCACAGUGCUGCUCCACGAUCAAAGCUUGCUCAAAACUGUAUGCUUAUGAACCAAAUACAGCAAGAGCUUCCACCGUAUCCGCGAGACGUUGGAAUUUAUGAACAACCUGCCCGGCCCGAUAAACUGGACCUGGUUGAGUUACCCCCAGUGCCAGCCGAUAAGCUGCGGAAACACCCGGGCAUACUGAAGAACUAUAAAUCCUGCCCCGUUUCACCCGUUCACGAAGAACAGGAAUGGUCCAGCCCGUCGAAUCACGACGAAUCAUCGCAUAAUCAGCAAAAAACACACGACCGUACCGGUCGCCAUGGGCAGAUGCGUCACUCGAUGUACUACGAAGAUGCGAAAACGAUACUGAGCAUGAUACAUUCCGACACCGAAAAGAUGAUCCGAGAAAUUACUAGCAAGUACGGGGAUCUAGACGAUAUAAAACCGACGGCAGCAAAGGUAAAAGAUGGCGAAAAACCAGCAUCCGUGCCAGCACCUUCCAAAGAAACUGACGCGAAAGCGACCACUUCUCGUGACCAGCACGAGCACGGGUUCCUAUCGGAAGAUGAACCGAACUUUAGCUCCGACUCGCUGGAAGAUUGCAGUCUCGAUCUGGACUUAGAGCGACACGGUCAACCGGUACCGCCAGCAAGGAAAAAACACUGUGCCAAACACAAUCCAGCCAAAAAGAUGCAACUCUCACUGCCAAAGCGUUCCGUGUCCGACUACUUUAUCUACGAUCAACCACCGCAAGGUGCACCGUACGAAAUUCCUUACCGAAACGUUUCGCUUUCGGACAUUCUAGAUGAUGAGGAAGCGAUCCGGCAGGCGGAGAAUCGGUUCCUCGAAACACAACGACACUCGAGCGCUAGCUUCUUUCUGGGCCAGCAGUACCCGACGCGGAAGAGCCAGGAAAGCAUCCUUUCGGAUGAGUUUGGCAGUGGCGGUGUUAGUUUUUGUAACAGCAUGGAAAGUAUCCUUUCGGAUGACUCCGAGUGCAAGAGUGCCCCGUUGGAAGUGCUGUUCGGGCGCAUCCGGCGUGAUCAUCUCAAUCAGGCCGGACACGGACAUGGAGCUGGUGGUCGUAAUGCGUCCAACUUCGAGUACAAACUGGAGGGCAUUGGCUGCGCUACUUCAAAAUCGUACGGCUCGAGCCCUAACGCUGGCAGUGGCUUCGAUUACUAUAUGCAGGGUAACUAUUUCCAUGCGACCGCCACCGACAGCAGUUACUUCGGUAUGGUGCACGACAGUUUGGAGUACGGCGGACAUGAGCGUCGCUCAACUGUUCGCCAAGGAGCACCCGGAAUGCCCACUUCGAUCAGCUACCCUCGGUUUCUGCCCAGUCUUGGGUCUCCCGGCACAGCUCCCCUAUCCACCGGAAGGGAGGAGUUACUUUUCAACGAAACAUUCGAAGAGGCAGAAGAUUUCAUUCCGUCGCUAACAUCGAAGGCAGCGCAGUAUGGAGGUGCCACCGUCAAAAGUCUCAGCAAAGACUUUGCCAACCAACGGAAACAGAUGAACUCGAAUCCACUGUACAACUGCAACGAUGGCAGCAACACUGGUGGGAACGGGGAUCUGUUCAUUCGCAAAACACUCAACGCCACAAACCAACACCAUCAGAUCACCCGGUCCGACAUAUUUGGCACGGAAUCGUCCGUUUACGUAAUGAAGAAGUCGUGCAGUUUCGAAAUCGAAAUGGGUGGUCGCCGAAUAGCGCGAAAUUCUAAAAAGUUCGAACAAAACCUGCAACGCUUCGAGCAGGAACGAAAGCAAUCGAACGAUCGCUUCCACCAUCAGCAGUUCGGUGGUACGCUGGAGAUGGAUUACGUGCCACACAAACCGCCGGUUGCCCAUCGUCGAUCGGCCAGCAUGAAAGGUCGCGGACGAGUGCGUUCGAAGGAGAAGUUCAACACGAUCAUUGGCCAGAUGUCCAACUCUGCCGGGCAAUGUGACGAACCGGCGAUGAUCGGCGGCAAGCUGCGUGAUUUUGUGAACCGGGAUUUUGUGAUGCCACCAAAGUCUGGGGACGUUAUGUCUGUGUCAGUUGGUGGAGUACGCCGUGGUGAUGUUGGUGAGGAAAAGUCGUUCGAAGUGUACGUCGCAGAGAAAGGCGUCAGUGAGGAUGAUAACAUGGAUAGCUUGGAGUUGCUCUCGAAGGCAAAGAGUGUCGCUUGUGUUCGGAAGGAGAACUCUACCGAUUCGCUCGAAGUAAGCGUCCCACCGGUCGAGAGCGUCACGGAGAUUGGAGUAGAAGCGUUGGAAGGGAUGGAACCAACCGAAGACGACGAAAUGAAUCCCGCGGAUGAGGCUUUCGUCGCCGAAGAAGCGUUAGAAUUAGCAAAGAAAAGUCUCACCCAUGGUGCAACCAGUGAGCUGGAAAAGUUAAUCGAUCGUGGACUCCUAACAAGUGGUGAAUACAACCGUUUCCUCGAUAUUGAGAAAAAGAUCGAUAUCAUCAACAAACUCGUGGAGCUGGAGGAGCGUAAACUCGAGCAGGAACGCACGGCCAAGGAGUAUCGGAUGCGCCCGUUCGAAUGCGAUCCACGCCAGAAGGGUUACGUGAAGAGUUUGACGGAAAACUUUGACCGAUUGGCAAAAGAUGCACAGGAAGAGCUGGAAAAUGAGAAAAGCUGGUACCUGGCAAAAGCUCGCAUGAAGCGCAAUUUUAGCCUACCGGAUGUGCUUGAUUUUGGUGCGGAUUGUUGUUGCCGGCAGCAUGGCGGCAAAUGCUGCGAACAGGAGGGCGAAGAUUGUGGGUGCUGUGGGGACGGAUGUGAUGCGUACAAGCAGAAGGACGAAGAAGAACUGUCGGAAAAGGAGGAAAACUCGAUGGCGGCCGCUGUUGCGGCAGUUGCUGCUGCCGUCGCUGCCAUUGGGAUGUCGAACAGCGAUGAAGGCGGUAAUCCCCGAAGCUUAAUCUCUGCGCAAGAUAGUGAAUCUUCGAUUAGACGUGCUUGUUCGCUUAGUGAUUUGAGUAUGGGAAAAGGCUACAAAUCUCCCAAUCAAUCGACUACUGGCAGUGGGCUGUACAAACCAUCGGUAAGCAACAGAAAUACCAGCACACCGAUACGCAACACGCCCAAGCGCAGUACCUCGUCGGUCGGUAAGGGAGGUGCGUCACUGUCUACCGGCAUGGGCGUCCGUAGUGUCUCAGUCGGAAUGUUGAACCAAGCGAGUGACUCCGAGGCGGAACCAGCAAACUCUCGAGGAGGUCUGUUGAAACCAACGAUUUCGUCCCAAAACAAGAUCAACGGCACGGGUAAUGGGACCGGUAAUGGCAGCGGUGGUAAAUACAUUAACCCCCGCAGUGCGGCUGGCAUCAUUAAUCGGCGAAAAGGUCUACAAAGCGCUUACAGUAGUGUAAAUAUCUCUACCGCUGGACAGGAUGAAUCUAGCUCGGAAGAGUCGCCCACCAGUACAGUAAGCACGGUACCGACGAAACCGGCCGUCCCACCGCGUCCCCGAAGCAUCGCCUUCGAACACAAACGGAUAGCGAACGUGAACACUAGUCUUAUAAACGUGAAGAAAACGGUUACCGUCGGUGGUACUACGACCAUUCCGUCCGAGUCGACAAACGGUAGCAGCGGUGGCAAUAACAAUGCCACCAACAACGGAGCCAUCGUGCCAGUGAAAGACGCAGAUCUGGACAAUGCAGACCUUACCAAUCAGCUUUGUACGAACAUCAUCAACCAACUCGUACAAACGACCUCCACCGUCAUACAGCUCCACCAGCGGCUAAAGUCAAGCGAUGAGGCGAGCAUCAAUGGGCGCAACAACUCACUGAUGCUGAAAGAGCUCGAAAAUGCCGUCAUUAUGACACAAAAUAUGCUCACCAAAGUCACCAAUCGCAAUCACAACGAUGGUAUCAACAACAAUAACAGUAUGAGCAAUAACACAAACAAUCAAAUCAUGUACGAAAAAUGUGUCGACAUGCUCAACCAGGUGCAAAAGCACGUGAAUAACAACGGCUAGGACAAAAGCAACCGGAAGCGGUAAUCAUUAACAUUGUGUUCAUAUCCUGCACAACGGUGCAAGACACGGAAAGGAUAUGCAAGGAAAUGCAUUCAGAAACAUUCCCCCUUCCGGACAAAGCCGUCAAUUUUCUUCGAAGGACAAAACGAAACAAUGUUUGUCGCUAGCAGGUGUACGCACCGAGUAAUAGUUUUUACGUUUUAUUUGAAUGGAUUGUUCUGUGUAGUAGUUGCGUAUUCGAUGUAGGUAUUACAGGCUCUACGCGUAGUAUUAUCUAAAGUUUGACUACAUUUUACAUGUGUCAGUACGAUCGCGAUCGAAUCCAGAGGAAAUUCAUUAGUCGAUGAAGAUAUAUAUCAGCGCCAUAUCUAGAUUGAGUUAAAUUAAGAAACGAUGAAAAGCAACAACAAAAAAAAACACAGCAAACACAAAGACAUAUAAAAAACCCAGCAAGUUUUAUAUGGUAGACUUUCCUUCCAAACAAAAAGCGCCUAUUAACUAAUGAACAACAGCAAGCAAGUUGCUUAAGUUUAUCCCUCUAGCUCGUAAUAUCACUAGCAUAUUCAUACAGUUUUUUUUUUUUCGUCAGCAGUCGGAAGCAAGUUUCAUAACGAUUCUUUAAUCUUGUGUUUCCGUUGUUCGUCCACAACACUAAAUUAACGAUGCGAUGUUUAGCGUUAGUUUUUCUUUGUUAGCCAAGCUUUAGGCAGUUUGUUGAGUUGAAGGAUUUGCAGAUUGCGGCAGAUUAGUGAGUAGCAUAUAAUAGACAAAAAUAUCCAUGCAUCAACGCCGUCCAAAUGUGUGUUUGUUUGUUUUAGUCGCGAAUUGUUAGUGUAUUUGUUGCAACAGCAAUGUCCGACCCUGCCGGACACCGGACGGUCGGACAGGUUUGGUUAAUAUAGCCCGAUGGAUGAUUGAAAGGUGUAGAGGUUCGAAAGGAACUCGAAAAGCUGUAGUCGUUAAUCUCUCAGUUUUGUUCAAAAGCGUUGAAAUUACGUUAAGCGUUUUUUUUGUUGUGGCAAACGGUUAGUUUAACGUUCUUCCUCAUCCCUCCAUGUGCGACAUCACGAAGCAGACGAAUGCGUUUUAAAAUAUCGGGUACAUCGAAUCGCACCUUACGUUGUGUGCCGUUUGUAGUGAAAUCCCGUCUUAAUUCAAACUUUAAUAAUCGAUAGUUCAUACAGCGGGGACGAAGUGUUCAUGUGUGAGGGAAAAGGGGUCUCCGUUUCAGUCAGUACUAAUAUUUAGCCUAACCAAUCUACACAGCCCACGCAAACCAACACAUUAAACCAACUAUUAAAUCAUAUUGAUUUACUUUCCCCGUUAACGGAAAAACACUAAAUCAUAUUUAACUGCACUACUAUUUGCCCCCGUGUAAGCGUCCCCGGGGGGAGGUCUCCAAUGAAUGUGGAUGGGAAUGUGGUAAACGAGUAAGGAAUUUAGCAAGGAAUUUAAUGUUUAAUCAAUGUGCUGUGGAUGAUGUGACUAUUCUUAACAAAACUGGUCAGGUCGGAUGUAGAAGCGAUGGACAUGCGUGUGUGUGUCGGUAUGUGUUUGAGUUGUGUAUAAAGUAAAGCCGAUGUGAGAGGUUGAAACCACGUAUUUGCUGUACAUAGAUGCUUGAACGAACGAUACAUCUUGUAUUUUGUAUUCCCUUUGGUUCGGUUUCCCCGUUGGGAGUGUUUGAAUCACUAACUCUAAACUCCAAGGCACCCGGUAGUGUAGGCACCGUUCGGACUAGAUCACAAAACCAGCUAAAACGCGGGUUGAAAAUAUGUACAUGAGAGAAGAAAAUACUGUACCAUCAGUGUACAGCAGGAAAAGUACUUAUUUUACUGGUUUGAAAGUUAACUAAAAGCAAUGCGCUGCGAAACAACACAAACCAACACAAUUGUCUUUCCAAAAUAUGAUGCAAACAUAACCUCAUAACUAUUUUGUGAGCCCCCCAGCUCUAGGGUAUAACGAAACAAGCUGCAAAUUAACCGAGGUACCUUUAACACGGUAGAUCACACUAUCAAUCGCAAUCGCGGUUGAGCGAGUGUUACAACAAACGUAGCAAUUAAAUGAGGAAGAUAAAAACAUCCAUGUUCCCGGUUUGCGGGUCAAAUAGUUAGUAACAUGUGAAAAAGUAUUUACAAUUGAACGAUUUCAACUACCACACACACAC